ACAACCGAAGAAACGAACCGAGUGGACGAAAACAGGCUGACAAUUAAAAAAACACCAAGAGGACACGAAGAAAACGGCGAACAAGAUGGAGGUCAAUGAAGCAAAACAUAUCAGUUUGAAUCGAGAAAAAUGACAAGAAACGUGUAAUGGAGGAUGAUGAACUUCCGUCAGCGGAUGGGUUGGGUGGGCGUGGCUCUCUACCUGCUCCUCAGUGUCCUGCUCGUCUAUUAUGUCUUUGAGGUUCAGAGGUUCAGCCUGGAGCAUGUGCACAGAGGGGGCGUGGCCGGACCAUCAGCUCCACCUCCUGCCAUCAGCUGGACUCAGACCAUGCGUGCGCGUCUCCCUCCUCUUCCUGCCUGGUUGUGGGCAGCUGCCUUCUUGCUGCCAUACCUGCAGCUUUUCCUCUUCCUGUUCUCGUGCACACGUGCAGACCCGCGAGCCGUGGGCUACUGCGUCCUGCCGGUCUGCAUCGCCCUUCUCUGCAGCAAGCCGUCCAAUCAGAGCCACCGGCCGCCACUCAUCCACACCUAGAGGGCGGGGCCGAUGCAGGAAGGCCUGAUGGAUCACUUUCUGUCAGCUGACAAUCAGUGUGUGCCUUUUUCAAUUCCUGACUGUGCCCUGAGUGUUGACUGCCAGGCCUUAAUGACUAACCCUGAGCAUUGACUGUCAGGCUACAUGGUCCACACCCUGAGCAAUGAUUGGCAGGAUAACAGCUCCGCCCUGAAAGUUACCGGAACUCGAGCGGAAGACUCUGCCCUGAGCGCUGAAUGUCAGGAAUAAAUGUGACAGUUUACCUUCCACUGUCUGCUGUGUGACACACAGACAUACAACUUGCAGCUGUCAAUCAUUUGUCGUAAAAACCCCUGCGCUGUGAUUGGUUGGUGGUGUUCACUGUGACACCUGGGCCGCUGCACCUGUGUAAAGCCUGCUGUUGCUAUGGUAAUAUUCAGUUCAGUAGUGUGAACAAGCUGCCAACUCUCCAAUUGUCAUUCAGUUAAAUUAAAGACCUUUUAUGUGUUUAAUGACUCACACUGGUCAACGUGAAAUGUUUAGUACAAAAUAAAAUGAAAAAACAAGUUUUAGACUGUUUUGUUUUUUAAAUAUCUUUUAAAUGUGAAAAAUUAAACAGUUGUCUCUUGACGUCA